AUUUUGCGCUGCUGCCUCUUUCCCUGUCCUUCGUCCUCCACCGCUUCUUUUUUCCUCCCUUUACCGUCGCUUCCCCAUAUUGAGUCCCAAUUAGAGGUCAUCGGUAACAAUCAAUCCAUGGCCCACCGUUACGUCGACCCCUCCUAAAAGUCCGAGAGGCUUCAUCCCCGACCGCUCACUAUGAAUCCGGAUUCAUUCCACCACGGCAUCACCAAGCGCAUCCGACAGGCCUGCGCCAGUUGCCGUCGCAGAAAAACUAAAUGCUCCGGGGAAAAACCGGUGUGCUUCCACUGUCGCCGCAACCGACAGCGCUGUGUUUACGAGCCCUAUUCGGCAACCGUCACGACCACCGACAACAACCCCCCUCCGCCGCCCAUGUCCACCAUAUCUGAUGAUGUUGGUCUUCUCCGACUCCCGUAUCAGUCAGAUGCUCACGGUCCGUGCCAGGGCGGUCUCCUGCAGAGAAUCUCGAUGAUUGAGUCUCGUCUGGCGGAGCUGAGUGGCCAACCGGUGCAGCAGCAAUGGCCCGCACCCUCCCAGACAGACUUCGACGACACCCAUAUACUACCCUCGACGGGGCGGCGCAGUUCGCUGCAAGCUACUCCUCCCCAGUCCACGACAUUCUGCAAGGAUCCUUUCUCGUUCCCUCCUUCCCCCGUCAUGCGAUCGGUCAUCGAUACCUACUUCAUCCAUGUUCACAAUCAGCCGUAUUCGUACUUCCAAGAAUCGUCCUUCCGCGAGAAAUUGAAAAACCACGAGUUGCCCCGAUGUCUAGUCCUUGCUGUACUCGCCUCCGCCGUCCGAUUCUCGGCCCACGAUUUCUACGCGGGCAAGACCCAUGAGGCCGUCGACACGUAUGCGCGAGAGUCGUGGCUCUCGGUGCUGACGGACCAUUUGACGGUGGAGAACAACCUGGAUAUCGCGGUGGUACAGACGGUGAACAUGCUGGCCGUUAUUGACUACACCGCCGGCCGCGCUCGCUCCGGUUGGCUCAAGAUAGGAAUUGCCGCCCGCAUCUCCCAGGACCUGCGCCUCAUGACCGAACCCGAUCAUCCAUCGAUAUCCUUCACGGAACAGGAGGAACGACGACGGACGUUCUGGUCUGCGUACUUGGUGGAUAAACUCAUCUCCGGGUGGCAAUCUCGACCGUUGGCGAUCCACGACGAAGACUGCCAUGUCCAGCUGCCCUGCGACGAACAAACCUUCCAAGCGGGAAUGGGGAAAAAGACCCAGACACUGUCCCAAUUGUCGUGCUGGGACUCGAGCUUGGCCGACAGCCCCAGUCCCUUUGCGCUGGUCAUCCUCAUGGCAUCCAUCUUUGGGCGGUGCACGCGAUAUGUCCAUCGCCAAUGGAGCGCCGAUAAGGUUCCUCCCUGGGAUACCAAGUCCGAGUUCUCCGCCAUCAACUCGUCGCUGUUGCUGCUAGAAUCCUACUCGAAGUUGGGAACGACUUCCAUCGCCGAAGCCGCCGGCCACGAUGGCGAUCCGGCUAAUCCGCAGCAGAUGGGCCACUUCAUCUUCGCGCACACCAUGUUCCACCUUUGUCACUGUUUGCUCAACCACCCAUUCAUCGUCCACCUGCGACUCAAGCCGUUCGGAUCCAAAAUCCCCCACAGCUUUCCGGCGCGCGCCCUACACGCAGGGUAUGACCAUUCUAAACAGUUGCUGGACCUGCUACACAAUGCAAUCGAGUCGGGUUGUCUCAUUGAAUCCUCGUUCUACCCUUAUUGCAUCGUUGUCGCGGCGGGCAUCCAGUCUCUCGCCUGCCAUGUGGAGCCCCCCGGGCCAACAGACCCUUGCGCGGCCACUGCCCUCCAUUAUGUGCAUCGAGCGCUAGAGCUUCUGGAAGGAAUGGGUCGCCUCUGGUCGCAUGCGGCAAACAUGGCCACCCGCCUCCGCGAAUUUCACUCCCAAUCGCAUCUCCUUUCUUCCCUCCUCGACCCAUCCCACAUCACGGUAGACCUUGACCGUGCCUCGGCUGACGCCUUUCGCACACUGAUCGACUAUGGCGCCGUUGGCGCAGCUCCUAAUCCUGGUACACGCGUUAUAGGAGCGGACGUUUCUCCCUCCGCCGCGUCAUGGAGCACCAGUAUCCUAGCCCCGACGGACGCCUUCGAUGGCUCUACCCAGGGUUUCCCUGGUAUGUCGCCAUCCAUGCAGCUGCCUGCGAUGGACAAUCUCUUCAACUGGGACACGCACGGCUAGGUUGUCGGAGCUUGCUAGAAUGGGUAAACAAUUAGCGAGAACACGCAUACCUUAUCCUCAUCAUGUCAGGGGACCACAAUGCCCAAUGACCGGUCUUAUGCAACAGGAUGAUCCACAACACCUGCGGUGAUUGCAACACCGUUGAAGAACGCCGUGCGAGAAACGCCUCGCGGUCUCGAAUGGUGUGCCGUGCCCGUGUCCACAAGAUCAGCUAAGCCUGCAUAGCCAGCCAUCCCUCUUGUCCUCCCGACUCCAACAAGGCAUCGGGCCAUCCUUAGUCGGACGGUGUUUACCAAGUUUCCAGGUUUCUUUUGAACCCGCGCCAGCAUCGUCCACGCGUUGUCCGGGUCUUACCCACAGCACCGACCUGUGCGUUCGUCCGACUGCGUUGUUUGUUUUUGCCUUGCGAGAGUUACUCACCCGGUGAUCCUGGCUCGAAAUACGGUUGACUGGACUUCGCAGAGGGGGUGUCGAAGGAUGGCGUGGACGAAGUUGCCCUUCUGUUUGGGUCGGUAGACUGCAAACAAUGUAAACAUCUCGUGCCGCGUCGGCCUGAGCCACCCUGGACGGUGCUGUGGGAAGGCUCCUCAUGGGCAUGGGAUAUGAGUUGGGCGAUGUUCAUAUGGCUUUCAAGUUACCUCCUUGUAUUUCAUUGUACGAUUCGGUGCUUUUCAGUGGUUUAUGAGAGUAGUACCAGCAUGGCUUGUUGGGAACAAGAC